UGAGAGUGAGAGGCACUGAGGAGGGAGCACACACACUUCUACUGACUCUUAGACUCACAUACACACACACACACACACACACACACACACACACACACACACACACACACACUCACACACACACACACACACACUCACAACCACACACGCAGACAGACAAGUGGCCUAUUGUACACACACACACACACACACACACGGACACACAAACACAGUUGCAGAUCAGUAUCAUUUACACACACACACACGCACACACUGACUCUUCGUUGGACCCUGGACUGACCACUCGAGGAUACAUCCCUCAGGACUCUGUUUCCCAUCAUGCAGCUGUGGAGCCUUUCUGAGCUCCAGGGGGCCUCGACCCGAAGGACUACCCAGGAUCGAGCCCCGCGGAGCUCCAAGCCGAGGAGGGGGCCCGGACGCCCGCGUCUCUGCCCGCCGAGGGGAGCUCCUCUCUGGGCAUGGCUCCUGCUGGGGGCCCUGGUGGUUCCUGGAGCCUGGAGCUUUCUGAGCGAGGAGCAGGAGGAGCUGCUGGUGGAGCUUCAUAACCACUACAGAGGACAGGUGUCGCCCAGCGCCUCCGCCAUGCUGCCUCUGAGAUGGGACCCGAGUCUGAAGGUGAUUGCAGAGGGCUACGCUGCGAAAUGUGUCUGGAACCACAACCCAGACCUUGAGGACACCGGAGAGAAUCUGUACGCCGGCACCGGCUCUCUGGACCUGCGGGAGGCCCUGGAGAAAUGGUUUCUAGAACACCUGGACUACGACUUCAGCAACAACAGCUGUGAUGAAGACAAGAUGUGUGGACACUACACACAGAUGGUGUGGGCAGACACACACAGAGUCGGCUGUGCCUUCCAUCUCUGUAACAGCAUGGAGGGACUCGGCUGGGAGAGAGUUUCCUUCCUCGUCUGCAACUACUACCCAGCGGGGAACUAUGAAAACGAGAGGCCGUAUGUGGAGGGCGACUGGUGCUCCAGGUGUCCUGAGAACCUGCAGAACUGUGAAAACAACCUCUGUGUUGCUGACACAGCGGGUGAGGAAGAGGACGAGGAUGAGGAUGACGGGGGCGUAGCGGCGUGGACAGAUAUGCCUUACUCCACCCUCGAUCCUGGAGGGUAUGAAGGGGACGUAGGUCCUCUUCCCUCGACAGCUGAGCCUAACGUCCCGCCCGCUGCCACCACCACCACCACCAGUGCUCCCAGUGUCACCACCACCUCUGCAUGGCACGCUGAGGAUGACCCACCACCAGCCACCCCUGCCCCGGGCACCCAGCCUCCUGAAGUCCCCUCCAUAACACUAGGAAAGGAGGAGGAGGAGGAGGAGGACGACGAGGAGGAGGAGGUUGAAGACAUGGUGGAGAAGGAGGAGAGGAAGAAGGAGGAGGCGACGAGGAGGGAAACGACAGAUACGAUGGAGGAUAAUGAAGGCAGAAACAGAGGAGGAAAAAUACGCCACAACAACCAAGUUAUGAUGAAUGCUGGUUCAGUAGCUUCACCCUCCCUCCUGUUAGUCUGUCUGACUGCCAUCCUGACUCGGAGGCUGUGAGGAGGAGGAGGAGGAGGAGGAGGAGGAGGAGGAGAGGAGUCAGUACGUCCACCUCACCCCACCACUCCUGCCUUGACUGCACAUCUUGUUAAUCUUUGGUAACAGUCUCUCCCCCCAAACACAUUGUAAUAUGGGUCAAAUUAAUAAUUCACACUCAUCAGAAAACAGCUGCGGUCUCACAACAUCUGCAGGUAGUCUGGCUCCAGAUGUGGGUCACGUAACGUGUGCAUAACCUGCUUCAACCUGCUCGGAAUACAAAGACCUCACUGCCACCAAGUACAAGUACUAAAUCUGCUGUGUUUAUUUACAGGAAACACUUUCACAUCGUCAGUUCUGAGGAUUUAAUCAAACGCUAAAUGAAAACUGAACCAAGAGAGGUCGAGAGGAAAACAGCGGCUGAUGAAACGAAGCAUGUUGUGGUGUUUCCACCUCCUCUCCACGAGUUAGAUGUUCAGGUGGAGGUCAGUUUCAUGUCUGUGUUUAGCCUAGCUUAGCAUAAAGGCUGGAAGCAGGGGGGAACUGUUAGCCUGGCCCUGUUCAGAAACACUCCUACACACACGUCUAGUGGAUUUAAAAAAACGUACGUAAAUACAAAAUCCACGAUUUGUCGGAUUUUAAGGAGAGUUAUAUGAAAAUAAAAUGUGUUAGCAUGGUUAGCAUGGUUAGCAUACAGCUUCUCUUCUCCUUCCUCGCAUGGCCCAGAUUAUUCACUCCAGGCCAGCUGACGAAGACGCGCCUGAUCAGCAUUUUAUUUCUUUUUCCUUUUGCUUGUGGAAACACGACCGCUGUGCUAACGUUAGCUGCCUUCUGUUUCUGAAGACGGUUCGUCUGUUUUAAUGUUGAACUGGAUCAGAACUCAAAUGAAAGUUGCUCAUUAAGACUUUCCACUGAGCAGAUGUCAUGAUUGUAAAGGUUUGUAGGCUGUGUGUCACAUAAAUAUUGAACUUUCAUAGUUGGUAAUAAAUAAUAACUGGUCUCGUUAGCUGACUCUGUGUCAGCCACUCCUGUUCCAUUUCUUUGGCCUUUUUUGUUUGAGUAAACACUUUGCUAGCGAGAUGUAGCACCGAUGUGUAAUCCUGCCUCCUGAGCUCUGAUUAGUAGAUUGUUUGUUUCUCCAAAUGUCACUAAGAAAAAGACCUGAUUGUGAUUUCUGAAACCAGGCUCACCAUUUCCCCUCGCUUCCAGUCUUUGUGCUAAGCUAAUACAGCUAACCAGUCGCCCAGAUCUCACUCUGAACUGUAAGCACACAGAGGUUUUCCAGCCCAGUCGGCAGAAUAAAAAUGUGUCAUCUUAUGUUUCUGCAUGCCAGGGACACGAGUUGGUUUCUAUACGUCACAUCACGUUUACAUGACGUGUACAUGAGCUGACAGUCACGUCAGGAGAGGAUGGUGGUGAUGUUACAGCUGGGCAAGAUGGCUGCCAAGCCAGAGACUGCUGUUCAAGACGGGGUUUAAACAUUUGUAAACGUGAAACUGGAUUUUUUUGAGCGUCCCAGUAGCCAGAUUUUUUUUUCUAUUUUACAUUUCUGCAAAUCACAGAUAUGUUUAAUCUGAACACUUCAGACCUAUCAUAAAUGUUUUCUAGUCAUAUCACACUCAGAUUAUGUAAUGACACCGUGUCAGGAGGUGGAUGGUGGUGUGACACAUUUGUAAGCGUGAACCUGCUGGAUAUUUUCGAUGAGACGUCGGGACGUUUAUCAGCGCUGUUUGUGGCAGAAACACAGAUAUUUUAACCCAACACAUUAUCUUUUCCUAAUCCUAACCGUCAGUUUUGUGUCUAAACGUAGCCGGAGAAUAAGCACAGCGUCGGUCUCGACAUCAGUCUUUGCAGAAACGUACGUUGCCAGAUUUUCUCUUCUACUCCUCGUGGUAAAACGUCUGAUAAGCAGAUUUCCCAGAGUACUCCUGUACUGUGAGGACGGGUUGAGGUGAAUAAGCUUCAGGUCUGAGGAAUCACAGGUUCCCCUCCUGAAGUCAAGCGUCCUUCUUCCCUGCACGUUGAGCCGUAGAGUCCAUCAUGAAGCGAUUUGUUGUGCAAGUAAAACCGUAACAGCACCGAAGCUUUUCAACCACAAAGCGUGUUUCAUUUCAGACGCAGGAUGCAUAAAGAGUUGUGUUUGCUCGUGACAUUAAACAGUUUAAUAGGGUGGAAACACACAGAGCUGUAGAGCUGCUGUACUGAAACCCAGAGAGGAUGUGAGUGCUGUGAAAGUGAAGCUCCUGACCAGAGGAAGACAGAGUCGGCCCUCUCAGAUCGCCUCCUCAUGUGUGUCAGCCGAUGGAUCGUACCUGCAGGGUGGAGAGAUUUAAAUAUACAGCAUCAUCUCAUGUGGAGGCGCCGGCAGGACAGAUGCAGUCAGAGUGGGAUAUUUUCUUUGUGUUAGUGUUUUUUAGUGCUUUUAGGGAAAUGCAGGAGAAAUGAUGGCUGAACGGUGUUUGUGUUGUGUCAAACUGACGACCCUGCAGCUUCUGCUCUCUUCUGUACGACAUAUAUCGACUGUACAUCGUAUACUGGAACUACAACUGGACAGAGUCUCUAAUAACUGACGUGUCUCUGUAACACUGUCUUAGACAACAGGAAAUUACCAUAACUAUCUUUAAGUACUUUAGCAACGAUUGCUGUAAAUGUCUGUAUAUAAGAUUAAUAAAGAAAUAAACCUUGUUUCUUCCUUUUUCA